AUGGCUGACAAUAUUUCAGAAAUAAAUGAAAAGUUAGGAGAUUUAAACAAUUCAAGAGCUAAUAAUAAUGGUGCAACUAAUGAUGAAAGCGAGGAAACUCUAGAACCUGAACAUAUUUUAGAGAAUUUUGAUAAUACAGGACGUUCUUUUGCCAAAGAUUCGAGACCUUCAUCAAUUUCAGAACAUGAAAGUACAGAAUCAUUGACUAACAGCCGACUGGUUAAUAGAAUUACUUCUUUGGCAAGAACCUUUUCUCAUGUAGAGACCUCCAGCAGUGAAGCUGACUUUGAAACAAUUAAAGACCCUAGAAAGAUAAUAGAAAAAUUUGUGAGAGAUGCUUUUGAACAAGGUAUUCAUAUCAGAAACACUAGUAUAAUAAUGGAAGAUAUUACCGUUCAAGUUCCCGAUACAUCAAGACAAGAAGCCAGUACAUUUGGCGAUUUCAUUUUAUUGCCAAUUACAAUUUACAAGAUGAUUAAAAAAUUCACACAACAUAAGAAGAUGAAAUCAAUUUUAAGUGAAGUAAACUUCUUGGUAAAACCAGGAAAUAUGGUUUUGGUUUUAGGAAGACCUGGAUCAGGCUGUUCAACUUUGUUGAAAACUGCAGUAGGCGAAACUAGUUCAUAUAAAGGUAACGUAUCAGGAUCUGUUACAUAUGAUGGUAUUCCUCAAAAAGAAAUGGUUAAAAAUUAUAAAUCAGACUUAAUAUACUGUGCUGAAACUGACAUUCAUUUCCCACAUUUAACUGUUAAACAAACUUUAGAUUUUGCCCUGGCUUGCAAAGUUCAAAACGUUAGAAUAAAUAAUAUGUCAGCAAAGAAACAAAUUGGCAUUGCAAGAGAUUUAUUGGCAACUAUAUUUGGUUUACGUCACACUUACUCUACAAAAGUUGGCAAUGAUUUUGUUAGAGGUGUUUCCGGAGGUGAAAGAAAGCGUGUUUCUAUUGCUGAAGCAUUGGCUGCCAGAGGUACCAUUUAUGCUUGGGAUAAUGCUACAAGAGGAUUAGAUGCGUCUACAGCACUGGAAUUUGCCCAGGCUCUUCGAACAUUUACAGAAUUAUUAAAAUCAACCUCUUUCUGUUGUUUGUACCAAGUCAGUGAGAAUAUAUUCCACACAUUUGAUAUGGUGACAGUGCUUUAUUCAGGAAAACAAAUCUAUUAUGGCCCUGUCGCUAAGGCUAAGGACUUCUUUGAACGAAUGGGAUACAAAUGUCCACCAAGACAAGACACAGCAGAGUUUUUAACUGCAUUAACAGAUCCUAAUGGGCUCCAUCUCAUUAAAGAAGGUUUUGAAGGAACUGUACCAAGGAGCGCUGACGAGUUUGAGUCGUAUUGGAAGAGUUCACCUGAGUUUAAACAGUUGUUGUCAGAUAUCGAAACUUAUAAGACAGAAGUAGACCCAGAGAAGACGAGAGAAAUCUACACAAUGUCCUUAAAGCAGGAAAAGACAAAAUGGACAAGAAAGAGUUCUUAUUAUACUGUAUCAUUUCCAGAACAAGUUAAAUUAUGUACUAUUAGAGGAUUUCAAAGAAUAUAUGGUGACAAGAGUUUUUCCAUCAUUAGCACUGUAGCUGCUGUUUUUCAAUCAUUCAUUAUUGGAUCUCUAUUUUAUAACACACCGUCAUCGACAUCUGGUGCGUUUUCUAGAGGUGGUACCCAUUUCUUUAUGCUAUUAUACUAUUCCUUGAUCAGUUUAGCCAAUAUUUCAUUUGCACAGAGACCAAUUAUUAAUAAGCAUAAAAGCUAUUCUUUUUACCAUCCAGCUGCGGAAGCACUCUCAGAGAAUCUUUCAUUCUUUCCAUUCAGAAUGAUAGGUUUAACUAUGUUUAUGGUGGUAAUAUAUUUCUUGGCAGGAUUGAGAAGAACGGCUAGUGCAUUCUUCAUAACUUAUUUAUUUCUUACUAUGGCUGCGGAAAUUAUCAAUUGUCUAUUUCAGAUGAUUGCAGCUGCUUGUGAAACUAUAAAUGAAGCCAACUCUAUAAAUGGGAUAUUAAUGCUGUCAUUGUCAAUGUACUCGACGUAUAUGAUCCAAUUACCAGAAAUGCGUGUAUAUUUUAAAUGGAUAUCAUUUGCAUUACCAUUAAGGUAUGGGUUUGAGUCAAUGUUAAACGCUGAAUUUCACAAUAGAUAUAUGAGCUGUGGUGGCACACUAGUCCCAUCUGGUCCAGGAUAUGAGAAUGUCCCUCCCUCAAAUCAGGUUUGCGCAUUCCCUGGCUCUACACCUGGAUCAUCCGAAGUUCUUGGUGAUAAUUAUUUGAGGGUCCAAUUUACUUACCAAUAUAAGAACACAUGGAGAAAUUUUGGUAUUUUUUGGUGUUUUUUGUUAGGUUAUCUUGGGUUAAAGUGUCUUCUAGCUGAAUUCAAACCGUCAUUUAGGAAAGAAGGCAAUAUUUUGUUAUAUAAAAAGAAUUCCAAAAUACUUUCUCCAUUUAAAGAUGAGGAAUCAACUCCUGAUGUAGGUGAAGUGAGUUUGAAACAUCACACGACUGCAACCUCUUCAAAUAAUGAAACUAUAGUACAUGAAAAGGAUGAAGUAUUCGAAGGCUUGGGAAGUACUGGAAACUUCCUUUGGAGAGAUCUUGUUUAUACGAUCCCACUUGAGGGCAGUACCAGAGUUUUAUUGGAUCAUGUUUCAGGAUAUUGUAUCCCAGGAAAACUGACUGCUUUAAUGGGUGAAUCUGGAGCUGGGAAGACUACUCUAUUAAACACUUUAGCACAAAGGAAUGAAAUAGGUGUUGUGACAGGAGAUAUAAAAGUUGAUGGUGCCAAAAUUGAUAUUAGUUUUGGGAGACGUACCGGUUAUGUUCAACAACAAGAUGUCCAUUUAGCAGAAUUGACUGUAAGAGAAGCUUUAAUAUUCUCUGCUAUGAUGCGUCGUCCUGAAUCAGUUCCUUAUAGUGAGAAAUUGGACUUUGUUGAAAAGAUAAUCGAGGUUUUAGAGAUGGGAGACUAUGCUGACGCUUUGGUUGGCUUAGAGGGUAGUGGCUUAAAUGUCGAACAAAGAAAAAAAUUGUCAAUUGGUGUUGAACUAGUUGCCAGGCCUGAUAUUUUAUUGUUUGUAGAUGAACCUACCUCUGGGCUAGACUCCCAAGAAGCAUGGUCAAUUGUCCAAUUAUUGAAAAGGUUAUCAGAGUCUGGACAGUCCAUCUUAUGUACCAUUCAUCAACCUUCUGCAACACUAUUUGAACAAUUUGAUAGGUUGUUACUUUUGAAAAAAGGUGGUAAAACAGUAUAUUUUGGAGAUAUUGGUAAUAAUUCUGAUACUGUCCUAGAUUAUUUUGAGAGGAAUGGUGGAAGGAAAUGUCUCGAAAGUGAAAACCCAGCUGAAUACAUUUUGGAAAUAAUUGGGGCUGGUGCCUCUGCUUCUGUAGAAGAAGACUGGGGUUCAGUUUGGAAUAACUCACCUGAAUCUACAACUGUUCAAAAUGAUAUCGAAGGAUUACUAAGUGAAAAGGGCAAUAGGCCUGAUGGUGAGCACUCCAUUAAUAAAACAUAUGCCACUUCAUACUUUUAUCAAUUUAAAUGUGUCCAGAUGAGAGCAUUUACAAUUCUAUGGAGAGAUACUAAUUAUUUAGUAUCGAAAUUUAUGCUUUUCUUAGUUACUGGAUUAUAUAUUGGUUUUACAUUCUUCCAUGUCCCCCAAUCUUAUAAUGGUUUACAAGGUGCUCUGUUUGCAGCAUUUUUGACACUGAUUACUUCAGCACCAGUAAUGAAUCAAAUACAAGCUAGGGCAAUAGAGGCAAGAGAAUUAUAUGAAGUUCGUGAAUCUAAGUCAAAUGUAUUCCAUUGGUCUUUAUUACUUCUUUGCCAAUAUUUCAGUGAAAUUCCAUAUAGUCUUGUAUUUUCUGCCAUUUAUUUUGUAAGUUUCUACUUCCCUGUUGGUAUAUUUUACGAAGCGUCUCGAUCAGCAGUAUUUUACUUAAACUAUGGAGUUAUGUUCCAAUUCUUUUACGUUGCCCUGGGAUUAAUGGUUUUAUACCUGUCGCCAAAUUUACAAUCAGCAAACGUGAUCAUGGGUCUGACUUUAUCUUUCCUUGUAGCAUUUUGCGGUGUUGUACAGCCAAAGACUUUAAUGCCAGGUUUCUGGACAUUCAUGUGGAAAGCAUCACCUUACACAUAUUUCGUUCAAAAUUUAAUUUCAAUCAUGUUGCAUGAUAAGCCUGUUGUUUGUAAAGAGAAGGAGCUUUCGUUUCUUGAUCCUCCUACAGGUUUAACUUGUGGAGAAUACAUGGCACCAUUUCUCACAAUAGCUCCAGGAUACAUAAACAAUCCUGAUAGCACAUCUAAUUGCGGAUAUUGUCUCUAUUCAGUAGGUGACAGCUAUUUAGAGAGAGUGUCAGCAAGUUAUAGUAAUCUAUGGAGAAAUUUUGGAUUUUAUUGGGCAUACAUUGUAUUUAACCUAAUAGCAAUGGUAGUAAGUUACUACAUUUUCCAUAUUUUAAAAAUUCCUUCCAAGAUAAUACAUAUAAUUAAAAAUGCACUUGCAGCAUUUAGAAUCAAACAAAAGAAUAAAAAUAACAAUUGA